AUGGAAGUGUAUAAACAUGUUAUUUUUCCAGUUAAUGGCUCAAACCUUUGGGUAAGGACUAAGUAUCCAGAUGUGCAACCACCCAAAUAUAUGAAGAUGCCUGGAAGGCCAAAAAAGAGAAGGAAUUUAGAGCAGAGUGAGAUUGAUGGUUCAGAUAGAAAAAUGAGAAGGACUGGUUUCAAUGUUAAGUGUAGCAGAUGUAAGAAAUCAGGUCACAACAAGCUUACUUGCAAGGUGACACCAUCUAGCCAACAACCAUCCCAACAGCCAAUUAAGAGGGGCCAAUAA